AUGAAAGAAACGCUGACCAUGAAGUUCGCCUGGAAAACUAAGAUGAGCUCGGUGCAGGACUGGGGGGAGGAAGUCGAGGAAGGAGCCAUCUACAACGUGACACUGAAGAGGGUUCAGAUUCAGCAGGCGGCCAACAAGGGUGCGAGGUGGCUGGGGGCGGAGGGCGACCGCCUACCUCCUGGCCACACGGUGAGCCAGCUGGAAACCUGCAAAAUCCGAAGUAUUCGUGCUGGAACACUGGAGCGCCUGGUGGAGACGUUGUUGACAGCAUUUGGAGACAACGAUCUCACCUACACCUCCAUCUUCCUCUCCACCUACAGAGCCUUCGCCAGCACACAGACUGUACUUCAGCUUCUGCUGGACAGGUACGGAAGUGUGGGGGAAAACGAACAGGAGGGUUCUGAAAGUGGUGAAGCCAUCAGAAAUGCCUUGGCGUCAAUCCUGCGUGCCUGGCUGGACCAGUGCCCUGAGGACUUCCAGGAGCCUUCAGACUACCCCUGUCUCCACAGGCUGAUGGACUACUUGCGCAAAGCCCUGCCUGGUUCAGAGGUUCUUAGACGGGCAGAGAGUCUGCUGGAGCAGCUGCAGGGGCAGGCCGGCAUGGAUGAGACUCACGUUGGUUUUCAUGGCAAUAGUUCGUUCUGUCUCGGGGAGGAAGAAGAGGUGGAGAUUGAGGUCCAGGAUGACUUCCUGUCAUUUGAUGCCGACCUGGUGGCCGAGCAGCUCACCUACAUGGACGCACUGCUGUUUAAAAAAGUCGUACCUCACCACUGUCUGGGCUCCAUCUGGUCUCAGAGGGACAAGAAAGACAGCAAGCACACCGCUCCCACCAUCCGCGCCACCAUCACUCAGUUCAACGCCAUCGCCGCCUGCGUGGUCCGCACGGUGCUGAAGCACAGACAGCUCAGACCGCACGUCCGGGCGCGGGUCAUCCAGCGCUGGAUCGACAUCGCCCAGGAGUGUCGAAUACGCAAAAACUUCUCGUCUCUGCGAGCCAUUGUGUCUGCGCUGCAGUCCAAUCCUCUGUACAGACUGAAGAGAGUAUGGGCCUGCGUGCACAAAGACAGCAUGCAGACGUUUGAGGAGCUCUCAGACAUUUUUUCAGACCACAACAACUACCUGACCAGCAGGGAACUGCUCAUGAGGGAAGGCACUUCAAAGUUCGCCAGCCUGGAGAGUUGUGCCAAGGAGCACCAGAAGCGCACGCACAAGAGGCUACAGCUGCAGAAGGAAAUGGGAGCAAUGCAGGGGACAAUACCAUACUUGGGGACUUUUCUAACUGAUCUGACCAUGUUGGACACAGCCCUGCCAGACUUAGUAGAGGGUGGACUGAUCAACUUUGAGAAGAGACGAAGGGAGUUUGAGGUCAUAGCUCAGAUUAAGCUGCUCCAGUCGGCCUGUAACAGCUACUGCUUGACUCCCGACCCAGCUUUCCUCCACUGGUUCAAGAGCCAGGCUCAGCUCAGUGAGGAGGAGAGCUACGCCUUGUCCUGCGAGAUUGAAGGUCUUGGCGACAGCAGCCCAACUUUACCCAAAACCCGAAAAAGCAUGGUGAAGAGACUCAGCCUGCUGUUUCUGGGAACAGACAGUAACUCGGCCAGUUCUCCAGUCAGAGAGACGCCCCGCUCGCCCCCCACUGGCAGCUCAGGAGAGAGCAUGGACUCGGUCAGCGUGUCGUCCAGCGACUCCAGCAGCCCAUCGGACAGCGAGGGACACACAACACCAACCCACACCUCGGACUCGCAUCUCCCCCAUCAAAACAAGUUAUCAGAGUCGUCCUCCUGCACUUCGCUCCACUCCAUGGACACCACCUCAUCCACAGCCAGUGUCUCCAUGACUCCUGCCUCCCCCUCCCUCACUGCGCCCCUUUGCGCCCACAGACGCUGCGUCUCCCUCAUGCCCCUGUCCCCUUACUCCCCAAGUCAAACCCCCACCUACAACACCCAGUCCCAGGACGUGUGCAUCAUAAGAGUCAGCCUGGAGAAUGGCAACGGCAACCUGUACAAGAGCAUACUGCUGACCAGUCAAGACAAGACUCCAGUUGUGGUUUCUAGAGCUAUGGCGAAGCACAACCUGGAGUUGGAGCCAGAGGAAGGAUAUGAGCUGGUGCAAGUCAUCUCCGAGGAAAAAGAGCUGGUGAUUCCCGAUAACGCCAACGUCUUUUAUGCCAUGAACACAUCGGCUAACUUUGACUUCCUGCUGCGCACGCGAGGCUCAGCGUGCCGGCCAGUACAGCUGCGGAGCCAGUGCAGCACCACUCUCCCUCGGACUCAGUACCGCUCGAGCCUCUCGAUCAGACUCAGUAAAGUCACACUGUGACCCUUCAGUCUGCCUUCACACCACCAGCCCAGGGCCCUGCAGGCCCCAGGGGUGGAUGGAUUAAUAACUUAAACAAACAAAGGAUGACUGAAGGAGGACCUGCUGCAUUUCAGAGGACUCGGACUCUGAGCCUCAUCCGUGUCUGCUCAGCUUUAACA